CCGGCUGCCCCGCGCGCCGCCCCCGCCGCCCCGGGGGUCCUCACCUGCCAGCACGCCUUCGGCGGCUGGGGGACCCUGGUCAACCCCACCGGGCUGGCGCUGUGUCCCAAGACGGGGCGGGUCGUGGUGGUGCACGACGGCAAGAGGAGAGUCAAGGUCUUCGACUCCGGGGGAGGCUGUGCGCAUCAGUUUGGAGAGAAGGGGGAUGCUGCCCAGGACCUUCAAUACCCGCUUGACGUCACGGUCACCAACGACUGCCACGUGGUCGUCACCGACGCCGGCGACCGCUCCCUCAAAGUGUUUGACUUUUUCGGCCAGAUCAAACUCGUCUUGGGAGGCCACUUCUGCUUGCCUUGGGGUGUGGAGACCACCCCGCAGAAUGGAGUCUUGGUCACGGACGCGGAGGCGGGGUCCCUGCACCUCUUGGAAGUCGACUUUCCCGAAGGGAUCCUCCGGAGGACCGAACGGUUGCAGGCUCACCUGCGUCGCCCGCGGGGGGUGGCGGUGUCCUGGCUCACCGGGGCCAUCGCGGUCCUCGAGCACCCGCUGGGGCCCGGCGCCUGCAGCAGCACCACGGUGAAGGUGUUCAGCGCCACCAUGCAGCUCAUCGGCCAGGUGGACUCCUUCGGGCUGAGCCUCUUUUUCCCUUCCAAGAUCACCGCCUCCGCCGUGGCCUUCGAUCACCAGGGCAACGUCGUGGUGGCUGAUACUUCCAGUCCGGCUGUCCUCUGUCUAGGCAAACCGGAGGAGUUUCCAGUGCUGAAGCCCAUCAUCACCCACGGUCUUUCGCAUCCCGUGGCGCUGACCUUCACCAAGGAGAGUUCUCUUCUUGUGCUGGACAGCGCGGCCCAUUCUGUAAAAGUCUACAAGGCUGACUGGGGGUGACGGGGUGUGCUGGGAGUCCUGGGACCUGUGCCAGAAGCCCUGGAGCCGCCCCUGUUGAGCCCUGGAUCAAUGACUUAAUCUUAUCUGUUCGACAGAGAUGACUGUAGCUGCCUGGUAGACUUAACAAAGGUGGGGGCCAUUAUUAAAGAAUAAUAAUGAAAUCUA